AUACAAUCAUACUCAGUUUAUAUGGUGUAAUCAAAUAGGUACUAAAUAAGUAGAUAUGUAUUACAAUUUUCUAAUAAAUUGAAUUUUGCAGUACCUAGCUGACGAGUGCUGGUGUUAAAUUUGUCAGGAUGUCUACAAUAUUAGUAAUUUAUGAUGGAUCAGUGCAGAUCAUUUCAUUUAAUCGUCCAAAUAAACUAAAUGCCAUAUCAUAUCAGUGUUACAAUGAARUGACUAAAGCUCUCGCAGAAGGCGCUAAMAAUGAUUCUGUUUUUCUUACCAUAUUAACUGGUGUAGGAAAAGCCUAUAGUAGUGGUACAGACCUAUUUGAUAGUUCUGUUAUAGAUAUUGAAGAUCGUUUGAUUGCAACACGAGACUUUGUAAGAGCGUUCAUAGAUUAUCCAAAGCUAUUAGUUGCAUUAGUCAACGGUCCAGCAAUUGGAAUUGCAUGUACUACGUUAGGAUUGUGUGAUCUUGUCUAUGCAACUAAAACAGCGACAUUUUCAUGUCCUUUCCACAGAUUGGGUAUUACUGCUGAAGGAUGUUCAAGUAUUACAUUUCCAUUAAUUAUGGGCAAAACUAGGGCCAUUGAAUUUUUGUACUCUGGUAAGACAUUGAAUGCUAUUGAUGCUCAGAAGAUUGGCUUAGUCAAUGAAAUUAUAAAUGACGGGAUUGAUGGAAGAAAUCAAUUAAUUMAAAAAAUCACAACUGAAAUAGCUUUGUAUAAAUUGCCUAUGGUUUACACAAAAUCAAUGAUGYUAAAUGGUGUGAUCACUAAAGAUGAACUGCACAAAGCUAAUGAUAGAGAGAUUGAAAGACUGAUAGAAAGAUUCAAUUCAGAUGACUUUCAUAAUUCUAUUGCUAACUAUUUUAAACAAAGAAUGUUAAAGAAUAAGUUAUAAAGUAUUCCUUGAGAAAUAUGUAUCUAUAUAUUAUGAUUGUUCACUACAAUUUAUGUAUUUCAAACAAUUUCUAGCAUUUACUUUUACAUCACAUUAUAAUAAUAAUUUUGAAAACUGGU